CAAAAAACUUAUGAUUGAAUACGGGACAUCUACACUUAACAAGCCAAUUUUAAUUCAUGAAGGGGUCGAUGAACAACAAAGCUUUUUUAGGUUGUUAUUCAUUCUUGUAACUUUCUUGUUGAUGCUUUCAAAUAUUGUUUUGACAACCAAAAACUACUUUGCUUUCAAGAGUGAUAGAAAAAGUAUCAAGUUCCGCUUUAUUAAGCAAAACCAUCAAAAUGCUACACUCAUCGUCAUUGUUUAUCUGAUUCAUGUUGUGGUUCAUAACUUCCACUUCAUGGAUAAUAUUUAUCGACCUGUUGACUACUUCGAGCCAAAAUACUUGUAUCAAAAAUAUAUUCUGUCAACCAUGGAGAUCACAUUUUUUUUCAACUUUCCUGUCACUAUUUGCGGUAUUGCUUUCAUGAAGAAAUUAUUUAAUAAUGGUUAUGUCGAUUUUUCAUAUUUGACAGCAUACAUUUGCUCCUCUUUAAUGACACUAAUGCAUUACCGUAUCGAAAGUCCAACAUUAUAUGCUCCAUUGGUCAAUUUCAGUAUCGCUGGUGAAGGCGUAUCCAUCUUUUUGUUUAUUUGUGUCACAUUUAUUAUUCAACAAAAGCCAGAGAAGAAGAAGCACAAGUUAUUUAUUAUUAUUUUCUUUACUGCUAUAAUUUCCAUCAUUAUGUUAUUCAAUGCCGGUGUAGUCUACAUGUUAAUUACGUUGGUAUUAUUUAUUAUUGUUAUCGCUAAAUUGACAGAGGGAAUCAUAUAUGAAAAUUAUGAAAGAAUCCCACUUGCCGAAGUACAAUAG